AUAACUGCAAAAUUCAUAAAAUUGUUUUGUAAAAAUAUCAAUUUGGUGUGAAUUUUCGUGUGUACAGUGGAAAAUAUUUCUCUGAGUCGUAUUUUAUUAUUAAUUACAGUAACGUGAAACUCAAUUUAGAAUUGUUCUAAGAGAAGGAAAAACGCGGAAAAAUGGGCAAAACCAAAAGCCAGGAGAAGAAAAAGAGACCUCCAACAAGAAAAGAACUCCGGAAACAAAAGAGACAGCAAAAGAAGCGGGUAAAGCAUGAAUUCUUUUCCAAGAAGAAAAAACUGCCUGAAUUGAGAGGCGAGAAGAAGGUUAGCAGGAAGAGAGCCCCUCAAGCCGAACCUGACAUGUCAGAUGAAGAGAUUCCCUCAGACGAUGAGAUUGUGUCAGCCCCAGAGCCUAGUUCUACUGGUGAGAAGCCCACUAUUAUUGAGAAUCCUAUGGAUCGAUUUAUAAAAGCUGCAGAAAAGAAGAAUAAACUUGUGAAGGAGAUUACUAGUGGAUCCAGGAAGAGGAGAAUUGAACAGCUGAAGGCAGAAAAUGAGAAAGAAGAUCGCCUAAUUCGUCAAUUAGAAAAAAAGCUGAAGAUUGAUAAAAAGAAGAGCGACAGAACUGUGCCAAAAUGCUUCGAUGAUGGAUUUGACUAUAUUCUGGAACUCUGUCUUCCGGAAAAUAUUGACAAAAUGUAUAAGGCUGCCAAGGAAGCAGAUGAUCUCGAUGAUGAAAAUACCAGUUCACUUACUAAUGGGAAAAAUAUGAAAAAGUCAAAAAAGGAAGUGUCCGAAGACGUGAAAGAAAGUCGUUUGAAGGAAGCAGAGAAGAAAUACUUCGGAAGCGACAGUGAACUUGAAUCGAGAGAUUCAGAGAGUUCAGAGGGGGAGGAUCCGGAGGGUAAUGAAUAUUCAGAUAGUGACUCAGAUUCAGAAGAUGACCAAGAGUCUCACAAAUACGUUCGAGCCCCAAAAUAUGAAUCUGAUGAGUCAGAAAAUGAAGGCUCGGAUGCUGAGGAUUCAGUUGCCGACGGUGAAUCUGAGAGUGAUAAGGAAGAAGCUCCAGAAGAUAGCGUAGGAGCAUCUGAAGAAGAGGAAAACUGCGAGGACAUCUAUGGCCGGAAGAGAAAUCGGGAGGGAAAAGUCGUAACUGAAACGCCUACAAAUGGAAAAUACAUCCCACCGCAGUUACGAGCCAAAAAAUCCAGUGAUUUGUCUGAAAGUCCUGAGAAGCAAGAAAAGCUCCAGAGACUUCAGAAGCAACUAAAAGGAUGGCUCAAUCGUCUAACUGAGACAAAUCUGCAGAAAAUAGCCAAGGACACUGAAGAUCUCUAUAUGAAAAAUUCUCGUCACGAUAUGAAUCACACUAUCUGUUCCCUAAUCCUCGAGUCUAUCAUCACACCAAUUGCUGCUGCUGAACGAAUGAUCCUCGAACACUCUCUAUUCAUUGCUGUUCUGCAUGCCAAUGUUGGAAGUGAGGUUGGUGCCCAUUUCCUGGAAGCUCUCGUCGAGAGAUUCGAUACGAAACUCAAUCAAAUUGAAUCUUACGAUGUAGAGAACAAGGAACUGGACAAUGUAGUUGUAUUCCUCUGUCACCUGUACACUUUUCGGAUAUGUCAGCAUGGCCUCAUCUUGGAACUGCUAAAGAGACUAAGCAUUCAACUGAGUGAAAAGUGUGUUGAGUGUAUUCUUGUGAUAUUCCGCGCUGUAGGAUUUGCCCUGAGAAAAGAUGAUCCUGCAGCUCUGAAGGAUUUCAUUGGAGAAAUACGCGAGAAAGCAGACACCCUUCCGGAUGCACUAAAAGACAACACAAGAAUGAAGUUCAUGCUGGAUAUUUUGGUAGCUGUGAAGAAUAACAAUAUGCUCAAGAUUCCUAACUAUGAUCCCAGCCUGGCUGAGCACUUACGAAAGGUUCUCAAGGGAAUUCUGAAGAAUGGCAAAUACGUUACAACACUCAAUAUCACCUUGGAUGAUCUCUUGAAUACGGAUCAGAGGGGAAAAUGGUGGAUUGUGGGUUCAGCCUGGACUGGAAGGCAAUCUGAGGAUCAAGGGACUUCCAACAGGAAAAAGGUCCAACAAUUCAGCGACGAAGUGUUAGAGCUUGCCAAUACACACAGAAUGAAUACAGAGGACAAAAGGAAUGUUUUCUGCACCCUCAUGACAGCCACCGAUCAGACUGAUGCCUUCAAUCAACUUAUAGAACUUUCCAUUAAGGAUCUCCGGGUGAUUGCAUCAAUUCUCAUCUAUUCGUGCAUCUGUGAGUCAGUGUACAAUGCAUUCUAUGCCGUUGUGGCUGAGAAAUUAUGCUUUUUUGACCGGAAAUAUCGACUGGCCAUUCAAUUUGCCGCUUGGGAUAAAAUUAAGAUUCUGGGUAAACAUACCGAUGCUCAGAUUGAGAACUUUUCGAGAUUCAUUGCUCAUCUGAUUGAGGAAGGAGCUCAGCCUCUUUCAAUCCUCAAAGUCAUUGAUUAUGGUGAGAUUGAGAGGCCAACUGUGAAAUUUGUUAGGAGAAUCCUGCUAUCUAUUCUCUUGAAAGAUGAUUACACGUGCAAAAAGGUAUUUGAUAAAAUUUCCCCAAGUGCUCAAUUGAAUCAAUUCAAAACCAAUUUGAAGCUCUUCCUGAAUCAUUUCCUGCUAAAGAAAGCCAACAAAUUGGACUUACCUGAGGACCAACUGGAGAUGGUAAAGAAGAGGAUUGCAAUUGCUGAGGAUUCUCUGUCAGCAGGCUCAAGGGUUUUGCUGUGAAAUAUUUGACCCAUUUGACCCAAUUAAUUCAUAGAGAAUUCUUUUUAAAUAUAUAUUUCCCAGUUUCCGAUAAA